AUGUCGUUCUCUUCACAUUUCUAUAAUGGAUUAAGAAUUUGCUGCACACAAAAUGAACAUAUGCAAUAUUCGUAUCGUAGGUCAAAAGGUACUGGAAGUGAAUUAAAAGUUUUACCGGGAAAGAAAAAGAUCAGAGCCUCCAAGUUAUUUAAAAAUAUUGGCAUUAGGAUUGUCGAGGUAAACACAGUAAAGUACUACAAAUUGCAGGGAAAAAGUGACAUUUGUAAAUAUGGCUUCCGCCAAAGACCAUUGCUUGAGGACUCAAGCGAUAUUGAAAACUCUUACGAGGUUUUGAAGUCAUCUGCUAUUGAUAAAAACUCCGAAUAUCAGACCCAAUUGUGCAAAGUUGAAACGGUUGAAGAUCUUAAACACAAGGCUCAAAGUAUAUUAAAAGACGUACAAAAUUUAAAUGACGAUGUUAUGAAACCAGUCCAAGCUAACAUUGAAAAAAUUUUAAAAACUUUCAAUAGUGCCUCCGAUUUUAAUAACAGCAUUGACAAGAUAAAGGCAUUAACGAAAUUGAUAAAAGAAAUUGCGGAAAAAAAUAAUUCACUAUCGGAUUGUUUUGCUGAACUAUGUGACAAAGUGAAACGUCUUUUAGAAAGUAUAGAUAACAGAACUGAACGGAUAGAAGGUACAACUGAAAGGAUUGACGACAGAACUGAAAGGAUAGAUGGCCGAACUGAACGGAUAGAAGAUACAACUGAAAGGAUUGAUGACAGAACUGACAGAAUCGACGGUACAACUGAAAGGACAGAUAACCGAACUGAACGGAUAGAAGGUGCAACUGAAAGGAUAGAACAGAAAUUGGACGAAUUGAAAAAUCAAAACAAAGAAUCUGAUGAAAAGCAAAGCUCAAAGCCAAUAGCUGAAGCGACCUCUCAAGAAAAUCGGAUAUCAUUUUCAUCUUCUAACAAACAAGUAAAAUCGACGUUACCUGACGAUAUCACACCAAAGCAGAUAGAGCCUGUCAAUACAGUCGAUGCUUCUAGCAAUAACGGAGAGGACAUUCCUAUGUCGUUAACUGAGGAAGAGCGUGCAUCAACAAUACCAAAAUAUAAGAUCAGCAGAAUUGGAAUGUUGGAAAUACAUAAACAUAUCUUACGAAGCCACUACGUCGAAAUUAUUGAGGAAUGCAAAUCAAGUGUGAAGCCUAUUUGUAAUCACUUAUAUAGUCGAGAAAUUCUAACACAUUAUCUAAAGGAAUUCAUUGUAUGUCAGCCAACCGAUUAUGAGAAAAUGGGAAAAUUGUUGGAUAUUUUACCGGAAUGUGGUAAUCGAGCAUAUGGUGUAUUUUGUGAGGUUCUAUCUACCAUUAAUUCGCCAGUGAUAGGAAUCUUAGAAAAUGCGGAAAGGGAAAAUGAAGAAGAAUCAAAAGGAAACUAUAAUGUAAAGGAUGCUGAUAAUUUAACUAGUCAAAAUCAAGCAACUAGUAGUCGAACUAAAGCUUCUAAAAGUAAUAUUUAA